AUGACUACUACCAAUAUGUCAAUGAUGAUUGUCGCUCUGGUUAUCACUACAAUGUGUCUAUUAAUUGCCAACGGCGAAGAGGGAAAAAAACGCACUCUUGAUUCUUUAUCUGGUUCGGAUUUUUUCAAAAAGAGUCUUGAUAGUCUAUCAGGCAAUGAUUUUUUCAAACGCGAGGAUGAAAAACGAACACUUGAUUCUUUAUCUGGUUCUGAUUUCUUCAAAAAGAGUCUUGAUUCACUUUCCGGCAAUGAUUUUUUUAAACGAGAUGACGAAAAACGUACAUUAGAUUCACUGUCAGGCUCUGAUUUCUUUAAAAAGAGCUUAGAUUCAUUGUCUGGUAAUGAUUUCUUCAAGAAGAGUUUGGAUUCAUUGAGUGGAAAUGACUUUUUUAAACGUAGUACCAAGGCACGAGAAUAUGCUAUUGCAGAACUACUUCGACAUUCUCUUUAUCCUCAUAUGACGCGUGAACACUUUCGUACUCGUUUUAAUAAACAAAAAAAUUGA